GGGCCGGGCGCGCGGCGGGCGGGGCGAGCGGCGCGCGGCAGUGCCGUGCCGCGUCGCGCCCGGGCCGUCCGUCCGCUCGAGCCUUACGUAACGAUGCCCGAGAGCUGAUGGCCGCGCUCGUAUGGUGGCUGGCGGCCUGCUGCCUCGCCCGCGCCGCCACCGCCGGCAACCCCGACGCCAAGCGCCUCUACGACGACCUGCUAUCCAACUACAACAAGCUGGUCCGCCCCGUCGUCAACACCACCGAUGUCCUCCGCGUCUGCAUCAAACUCAAACUCAGCCAGCUCAUCGACGUCAAUCUCAAGAACCAGAUAAUGACCACAAACUUGUGGGUGGAGCAAUCCUGGUACGACUACAAGCUGCGUUGGGAGCCCAAGGAGUAUGGUGGGGUUCACAUGUUGCACGUGCCUUCCGACCACAUCUGGAGGCCCGAUAUUGUGCUUUACAACAAUGCUGACGGCAACUUCGAGGUAACGUUGGCGACCAAGGCGACCAUCUACCACCAGGGGCUGGUCGAAUGGAAACCGCCCGCCAUUUACAAGUCUUCCUGUGAAAUAGACGUGGAAUAUUUUCCGUUCGACGAGCAAACGUGCGUUCUUAAGUUCGGUAGCUGGACGUACGACGGAUUCAAGGUGGACCUGAGGCAUAUGGAUGAACAGGCCGGCAGCAACGUGGUGUCUGUGGGAGUGGAUCUCUCCGAGUUUUAUAUGUCCGUUGAAUGGGACAUACUGGAGGUGCCUGCGGUCAGGAACGAGAAAUUCUACACGUGUUGCGACGAGCCGUACCUGGACAUCACGUUCAACAUCACCAUGCGGAGGAAAACGCUGUUCUACACCGUGAACAUCAUCAUCCCCUGCAUGGGCAUCUCCUUCCUCACCGUGCUCACGUUCUACCUGCCAUCGGACAGCGGGGAGAAGGUGACGCUGUCGAUAUCAAUCCUGAUUAGUCUCCACGUGUUCUUCCUGCUGGUGGUGGAGAUCAUCCCCCCCACGUCGCUGGUUGUGCCCCUCCUAGGGAAAUACCUCAUAUUCGCUAUGAUACUCGUAUCAAUCAGUAUAUGCGUGACAGUAGUGGUGCUGAACGUGCACUUCCGGUCGCCGCAGACGCACCGGAUGGCGCCGUGGGUGAAGCGGGUCUUCAUCCACAUACUGCCGCGGCUGCUCUUCAUGAAGCGGCCGCAGUACAAGUUCGACACGACCAGGUCGCGGUACACAGCAUGCGGCGUGGUCGUGCGGUGCGGCGGCGCGGCACGACCUUUGUACCCGUACCGGUUAGCAGCCGCGGAGGACGACUGCUGCGCGCCGGGCGCGUGGCCGCCGCCCGCGCCGCACCCGCGCCCGCUCACGCGGACGCCGAGCAAGGAGGACUUAACACACACAACAUACUUGAAUUCAGGUAUGAGUGACAGCAAUCGCUUCGGCGGCAGCUGCGUGGUCCACGGCUCAACAGAGGGCGGCGCGCUCAACGGCGGGGUUGAGGAGGAGCUCAGCCCCGUGCCGGACCCGCCUCCCGGGUUCAGCCACUCCUCGUGUCCACCUGAAGUCCACCGCACGUGCUUCUGCGUGCGAUUUAUAGCUGAGCAUACUAGGAUGCUCGAAGACUCCACUAAGGUAAAAGAAGACUGGAAGUACGUAGCCAUGGUGCUAGACAGACUAUUCCUGUGGAUCUUCACGCUCGCCGUGCUGGUGGGCACGGCCGGCAUCAUCCUGCAAGCCCCCACGCUGUACGACGACCGAGUGCCCAUCGACAAGGCCUUCAACCAGAUCGCCACCUCCACACUGGUGCGGUGUCCGCCGCCGGCGUAAAUCUUAUUUAAUAAUGACGGUGGCUGAUCUCGCUGUGGGUGGUGGAAUUUACUAAUGCCUCGGAAAAAAGGCAAGCAAAUUCAUUAGUUCGCUGGCAGCGUAGAUUGUAUUCAUUUGUUUUUACUGAGUCGACGCUAUCAUCGUGACCGUUUACCAAAAUUGUUCGUAGGACCUUUGGCUAAGGGCCUCAAUAAACCUUUUAAACAUUUCUUCAGGGCUUUACAGAGAUAUAGAUGCUGAUUUCGAUUAUUUUGAAUUUUUUGGAAACUCGAAGCAUUAUGAUGCUGUGUUAAAACUAUAAGUAGUUAUUAACUAUAUAAUUAGGCUAUAUCGAUAGUAGAAGCGCCGUUCUGUUGUUGAAUUUUUGUAAGACAGGCACAGGCUACAAGCAUGAGAAAUAUAUGUAUUCACUUAAAUCGACAACAAACUUUUCGAUUGCUAAAAACUGUGCCUAAAAUCUAAAGUAAACCCAGUAAAUGUACAACAUCGAUCGCCGGUCAAUUUUAAAUGGGAUACUCUCUAAUAACAUUUUUGCUAAAUUGGUUGGUUCAGAGGCUCAUAACUAAGCUCGGGGGCUUCAAAUUAAUCACAGCGAGAUUGGCGGCCGUCGCUCAAGACCUAACGCACACCCGUCCCUCCCGCCACGUGUUCUAUUCCACGACUCGUAUACAUAUGUCAUAUGUGUAUGUAUUAGAUUAAUUAAGGACCUCUCGUAUCUCUUAAGCUCUGCACUAUAUGUCUAUUAUCUUUAUUUCCUUUUUUUAUUACUGAACCUAUAGUUACGGACUCCUGGCUUGGCCGUCGCGGUCUUGUUUUGCGAUUCACGUGAUUUCUCUAAAGUUCAAUACAAAAGCAUGACAAUAAUGUGUAGUGAAUAUUUUGUGCUACGACUGUAUUUUAUGUAAUAUUUUUGUGUAUUAAUAGUGCGAUCAAUUUGUAUUAAUAUCGAAAUGUUUUGGAAAUGUAUUAAGUGAUUGUAAGUUGGAGAUUUUAUUACUAUCAAGACCCGAAAUAUAAAUUUCGGUUCCUCGGUGAUUUCUUAAGGAAAAGACGCCAUUUUGGAAAAAGUAAUGUUGAAAAGAAAAUCUAAUAUAUUACGAGAAAGUGCCCAAGACCGCACAAUAUAUACCUACCUACACAUAUAACACAUUGAAAGUAGUGUAAGAUCAGAUUUUGAAGGGUGGGAUGCCUCUCCAAGAUUAAGUAGGUAGGUUCUUACAUUUUGGAAGAUGGCGGCUAUUUUUCAACGCCCGGAAAAGUUAUGACAAUAUAUAUUUUACGGCGCACAAAGAUAGGACCUACUUACAAAACAUACAAAAUGUACCAAAAUAUUCGACCUUCAUACAAUAUCAAUCGUAGUAAAAGGAGUGAUGUCAAACAAACGAUAAAACAAAUGAAACGGUUAGACGGUUCGUGCGUGCUCCCUGUAUCAAGGGCUUUGUUAUCACCCUUAUUAAUCUUCAGGUAUUAUCUGGAUACAUAAAGAUAAAUGUCUAGCUUUAGGGCGUUUAUCGAAUAACAACUAAAUCGAUAGGUUAACUUUCACGACGAACAUGAAAGGGUACCUACGGAAAACGGCUUUUCGAAACCCUUAGUAGUUUUUCCACUGUUCUGUGAGUUUUUCUUACACAUCUUUACGUGUUACCAGUCACGUAGAUUUUCGGAGUUGUGAUAUUGAGUUAAUUUUCGUACUAAUGAAUGCUUAGUACAAUGAGGUAACGAUGAUUUUAUUUGUAGCAAUUUUAUUGAUAACUAAAGUAAUAAACUUAAGUAAUAAAAACGAAACACCACCAAAUAAAUAUUGUCUGUGUUCAAUAAAAUCGUGUAGCGAUAGCACCCGACUAGCCAGUGACUGUACAUUAAUACACUUAGACACGCUUCAUCUCAACGUAUACGUAUUCUCCUAUUCGCACCUCGCUUAUUCUGGUAAGAUUGUAUUAAGACCGUUUGUUUUGUACCAUACAUUCCUAAUUGUUAGCAAAUAAGUAGACAUCGAAUCAAAAUAGACUAGGAAAACUAAGCAAUUAUCAUAAGUAUAAUUAUACCUACUUCUAUCUUGAUGAAUGAUUAAUUCUACUAUCGAAUAGCUAUAUUCUUCAAACUUCUAAGCAAUUUCUUACAUUUGUCGUAGAAUAGAACAUGUACAUAAAACGUAAAGAUAUCGAUUUUAUUAUUUAUAAGAAAAAUGUAGUAUUUGAUCAAUAUGCCGCCAUGUACUAAAGAAAGGUAUGAGAUUAUAUUUGAAUUUUAUUUAUAUAUAUAUCAGUCAAGUAUUUACAUUGAAAAUGUUAUGAUUAUACAAUAAAAUGCAGAACCACAACAAGUAAUAACGAUGUAUUUAUUUCAAAAAAUAUUGUACAUAGAUACAUAUCCUCAAGGAGCGGACGUGCUUCCUUGAGACGCACCAAUGCCCAUUUAGCAUGUAAACAAUUAUCCUUAUGAUAAUAAGUACAAUACUUAACAAUUUACGUUAAGCGGUUGCUCAAUUCAAAAACCAACAAUGGCUGAAUGUAAACUUAGAAAUACUUUCUUCUAUAAACCUCCAGCCGCUCUAUAAACGUUCAUCCCAAUUUAAUGAAAAUCAUUAUUUAUAUUUUUACAGUUAAUUUACUCGUCUUGAAUCAACCAUGUAGUUUUAGUAGAAAGAUACAUAUUUUUGCCACCAGAAUAAAAUACAUACCUACCUGUGUCCACAAAAUCUUCACAAAAGACUACCCCUCCCUAAAUAUUUCUUCAUGUAGGUAGCUUUCUGCCAAAAACUCUACAUCUUUAAGGUUCACUAACUUUAUCUAUACGGUGUAACAUGAGGAAACCGAAUAAUUUUAACAGCGUAUUCCUGAUCAUAUUUAGAGACGAAAAUUUUCUAUAAACUUUUUUGAAAUUCGCCUAGUUUCAGAGAUAAUAUAAAAAAAAACAAGUUUUAUUAUUGUUACAUAGUGUAAAAGGCCUUUUUGAUGGUGACGUUGCUGUUAUGGGACGUAGUCUAAAUAUCCUUAUUGAUAGAUGUCAAAAAGUGACAAGUAACACUUUGAAAAAAGUAGGUUUUAGGAAAGAAAAAUGUUAAAAUCAAUUUUAAGUGACAAGUUUACCGAUAACAUUUAUUUUUUAUGUACAAAUACAUUCAAAAAAUUAAAAAAAAAUACAAAACAAAAAAAAUGUUUUUUUGGCGAAAUUGACCUAAACUCAUAUUACAUUUUUUCCUUCUUUUGACCUCAGAAAUGCGUGGUUAAAAUUAUUCAGUUUCCUCGUGUUACACCGUGUAUAAUCCCAUUAAAGAACUAGUUUAUUUUAUUUUUUUAUUUUCUUUUCUUAUUUAUUUAUUAGCUUCGUAAUGGUCAUUUUAUUUACUUAUAUGACAUUAUCCAAUUAUAUUUCAAGCUUAUAUACGACAAAAUAGUUAGGUAAAGUAAGCCACGCCUUACAAUUCUUGAAAUAGUAAACUGUGCCAGAAUUCUAUUGAAGAAAUCAAGUUUGGAUAUAUUUUAACAAGUAUGGUGCCAAAUGUAUGGGAGAGGAAUUGAAAAUAAGUCAUAAUUUUUAAUACGAACAGAAACUAAAAUGACAAUUUUAAAAUAUAUUUGUACAAAAUUAAAAAAAAUCACAUAAAAUUGCUAAUUAUAUAACGCUUUUCGUGUUAAGUAUAAAACGGAAAAUAAUUAUUAUGUGAACACUGGACAUGGGAGCACUUAAGUGCAGUCGAUUUAUAAUUAAAUAUGGAUGUGAAUAUCUAUUACUACAAGCAAUAUGUUGAAUAGGGUGUACCCUCUAUAGACCUACACAUUUUUGAUCGAAUGAGACGUUUAUUUGUAUCACAAUAAUGACUUUUACAAAAUCGAAAAAAGUUCGUAAAAAGCAUUAGAUCAACUGAGAUGGUUAAUGAAAAUCUCAUUAGGUCAAGUGAUCAUCUGUCAGAGGGAUUAAAUAGCUGAAGAUAUAAGGUAAAGGUGCAGCGUAGUGACCCUCUUAACGAACAGAGUAAGAUUAACCAAAUAGAAACUACUAAAGUAAGCACGUUGACUGCUCGCGGUAGAGUAGCGCAGCUCAAUUGUAGAAUAAUAAGUUUGUAAUUACGUAUUUAUAUUGUUAAUAAAAUCGUUAUAAUAUAGAAA